AUGUCGGAGGAGGCCCCGGCGCUGGGGCGGCCGGAUUCACCAGAGCCUGCGGCUCUGGAGCGGCAGAACCUGCUGGCUGUGCAGCGGGAGAGGCUGGGCCGCACCGGGCAGUGCCGGUUCCCGCUCCACAGGCUGCUGGUGGUGGCCCGGCUGGGCGAGGGGAUGGCGGCGGAGGACGUGGCAGGUUAUCACAGAGAAUUGUUUGAAAAUGCAUUAGAAGACCACUCAAGAGAACAAGUCUCAGGUCUGCUACUUCUCUACUCCAGCUAUAUUCUUCAUGUAGUAGAGGAAAUUAAAGUUUUAGUGGUGGCACAUAACAUCCCCACCAGACUGUUCCCAGACUGGUACGUGGCAAUAGCAACGGCUCCCGAUGACAGCGAGGAUACCAGUGAGAGUGUACACACUCUUGCACCUGAGCUGCUAAUCCCAGCAGAGACAAUUAACUAUUUGUGUAAUGCUGAAGAAUGUGCAAGUCCAGAAGAUUUUCUGAGAAUUUAUUUAAGUCCUUCACAACCUGCCCUGGAUUCAGGUAAACUGCAUACAGUUUGA